AUGGAGUAUUUUAUUGGGUUUGACGUCGGCACGGGCUCCGGUCGCGCAUGCCUCGUCGAUUCGGACGGCAAGCUGCUCGCGGACCACUCGGUCGAGACCCAGACGCAUCGCUCGCCCUCCGACCACAGGAUCUUCGAGCAGUCGACCGCAGACAUCUGGGCGGCUCUCGCGACAUGCUCGCAGAAGAUCCUGGCUGACUCGGGCGUCGACCCAAACCAGGUCAAAGGCGUGGGCUUCGACGCGACCUGCUCGCUCGCCGUCACCGACCGGGCUGGCCGACCAAUCAGUGUCUCGAUCGGGGAGGACCAGGGCUCGAACCUCGGCGCAGAGGGACAAUGGAACGUCAUUCUCUGGGCCGAUCACCGCGCCGGAGAGGAGGCGGACGCGAUCAACGCCACUGGCGAGGGCGUGCUCAACUUUGUCGGGGGGACCAUGAGUCUCGAGAUGGAGACGCCCAAGACCCUCUGGCUCAAGAAGCAUAUGGAUGCAGGGCGGUUCAGGGAGUGCAUGUUCUUCGACUUGCCCGACUACCUCACGUACCGCGCGACGGGGUCGUUGGCACGCUCCAACUGCUCGCUGGCGUGCAAGUACUCAUAUGUUCCUCCAGGGACCAGGAUGGAGAACGCGAGUGAUGGAUCAAGCGAGGUCAGCACGGAGGGAUGGAGCCGACGGUUCUUCGACAAGAUUGGCCUGGCGGACAUUUCCGCGAACGACUUUGAGCAGGUGGGCGGCAUCCCAGGGAAGAACGGACUCGUACUGUCUGCAGGACAGCCGGUCGGGAAGGGCCUGUGCAAGGAUGCGGCUGCCGAACUCGGUCUCGCCGAGGGUACGGCCGUGGGAAGCGCCGUCAUCGACGCGUACUCGGGGUGGAUUGGGACGGUCGCAGCUGUGACGAAGACGGACGACGGGAAGACGGAGAAGCCACCCACGCUCGACGACGCCGCCCACCGCCUCGCCGCUGUUGCUGGUACGAGCACGUGCCACCUCGCUCAGAGCAAGGACGGUAUCAUGGUCCCUGGGUGCUGGGGCCCUUACCGCAACGCCAUUUUCACGGACUACUGGAUGAACGAGGGCGGACAGUCGUCAACGGGUCAGCUCAUUGACUUUGUCAUGACCACGCACGCCGCGUACCCACGCCUGCUUGAGCUGUCGAAGAAAGCGGACAAGAGCACGUACGAGCUCCUCGGUGAGCAGCUCGAUAAGAUGCAAAAGAACGAGAAGGCCCCGACGAGGGUGCACCUCACCAAGGACCUGCACUUCUACCCCGACCUCCAUGGAAAUCGCUCACCUCUUGCUGACCCGAAGAUGCGCGGCAUGAUCACCGGGCUGGACCUCGAUGCGUCCCUCGACGAUCUAGCUGCAAAGUUUAGCGUAACGCUUGAGGCGAUCGCCUUGCAGACAAGGCACAUAGUGGAGACGAUGAACGCCAAUGGUCACCGCAUCGACAGUAUUUAUAUGUCGGGCUCGCAGGCCAAGAACGCCCCGCUGAUGCGCCUUCUCGCGACUGUGCUCGAUAUGCCCAUCGUCCUGCCGCCGCACCCGUCUGCGGCGGUGGUGCUCGGCGCAGCGAUGCUGGGACGCUUCGCGUAUGAAGCGUCACAGGCGCACAUCAUCGAGACGCAGGCCGACGCAGACAGGGCGUCACAAGACGGCGGGCGGCUGUGGAACAUUAUGGUCGCCAUGACCCAACCCGCAACUCGUGUCGAGCCUACGACGGGUAGCCUUGGUGAGGCAGAGAGGAAGGUCCUCCAGGCCAAGUACGAGAUUUUCCUGGAGAGUAUCGACAUCCAGCGGCGCUGGCGGCAGCAGAUGGCCGCGGCUGUCGAGUAG